UUUUUUUUGGAGAAAGAAAAGUGUUGUUUGUUUUCUUUCUUGAUUUCACCUAGUUUAAAAAUGAAAAUGAACUGAAAGCUAAGCAAACGAUUGCAUGUCUUAGUAUAUUAGGUAUCGAACAGUGAAGAUAGUCGCGGUCAGCGAUGGAGCUCCCCCAGACCUGCCGUUGUUGCCUGUCCGCAGGCGCGCACAGGGACCUGAACACCUCCUACCUGUGGCUGAACAAAAAGGAGGUCUAUUCGGAGAUGCUUCAAGAAUGCUUCAAUAUUGUGCUGAGUGUGACCCCGCGGAGCAGCGCCAUCUGCGAGGCGUGCGUGCAGCAGCUGCGCGGCGCCUGCGCCUUCCGCCAGCUCGUGCUGCACAGCGAGGAAGAGCUGCGCUCCGCCGGCCGCCAGCACGAUGUGAAGCCGGAGCCGGAAGUGAAACUGGAGCCAGAGGACGACUCCGACGACUACUUCUUGUCUGAGGCCGUUUCAGCGAAAGACGUGGCCGUGGAGAAUGUGAAGGUGGAAUGCGAAGCGCCCGCGCGCAAGAAGAGGAGGGCGAGGAAGAGAGAGCGAGAGGAGAAGACGUCGGGCAAACUCACGACUGCCGCGGACUUGACCGCGAAGAAGGGCCGCAAAGCCAGCGAAGCCCCUCGCUGGGGCUCCAGCAGCCAGCUCAAGGCCAAGCUCCGCCACAACCUGUCCGCGGUGCUGCAGGCCUCCAACGCGCUGCCCUUCCGCAACAAGACCCUGGUCGGCUACCAGUGCGCGUACUGCGACAACUCCUACCCCGACCCGAGGGACUUACGGGGACACACCGACGCCGACCACACAGCGCAACGUCUAGAACACAAAGUGACCUUCGACUUGGAAUACGGCGUCAAACUGGACAUCACGGACCUGAAGUGCACCAUAUGCGACGAGAGCAUGGAGAACCUGGCGAAGCUCAAGGAGCACCUGGUCAAGGUUCACGGGAAAACCAUACAUGAGGACGUCAAAGACCACCUGCAGCAGUUCAAACUGAAGAAGGGCGAGGUGUACGACUGCGCGAUGUGCUCCGCCACGUACGAAACGUUCAAGAUGUUGAAGCAGCACAUGAACAAGCAUUACAGGAACUACACGUGCAGUGACUGUGACACUUCAUUCGCCACCAGGCGAUCCCUGAACGCGCACCGGAUGACGCAUCAGGAAGGCAGUUUCAAGUGUGAUUUCUGUGACAAAGUGUUCGCGAAUAAAACUAAAAAGCAUUACCACGAAAAGACUAAACAUUUGGGCAACCGCAGCAUCGCGAACUGCCCGUUCUGCAACGAGUCGUUCCGCAGCUACUACCAGCGGAACCAGCACCUCACCAAGGUGCACAACUCGGAGACGCCGUACAAGUGCAACGUGUGUGACAAGGUGUACGCGCUCAAGUCGCUGCUCAUGUACCACAUCAAGAAGAGCCACCUCAUGGAGAGGAACUGCCAGUGCACGGAGUGCGGCUUCAGGUUCUUCAGCAAGAAGGCGCUGAAGGCGCACAUGGUGAAGCACUCGGGCGAGCGCGCCUUCGCCUGCGACGUCUGCCACAAGGCCUACGCCAGGAAGUACACGCUGCGCGAGCACAAGCGCAUCCACGCGGACGAGCGCCGCUUCCGCUGCGCGCGCUGCGCGCUCGGCUUCGUGCAGAAGUGCAGUCUGCGCGCGCACCUGCUCGCCGCGCACGGGGUCUCCGCCGCCGCGCGCGACAUCUCCGCCCUCACAUAAUACAUACUGUAACAUGUGUACGCGACUGCACUGUGUU